UGUUUAAUUUCUUGUGCAAGUUAGUGUAAUGUGCUAGGUAUUUUGUUUGAUAUUUAUUUUGUUUUUAGAAAUGAAGAAUUUGUUUCGUUUUUUGUUUUUGGCGUUCUUAGCAACCGCCAUUGCUCGCCCCCAAAAUCCACAAAGCGAUUCCAUAACCCUAGCUAAUCCAGCCCAGGGUUUGAUGACCAGCGGAGCCUCAUCCGUCCAGUCCGGCAUGUCCUCCGUGCAGAACCUGGCCACCCUGCCGUUGCAACUUCCACUAAAUAUGCUGCAGAAUCUAAUGAAAAAAAAAAUUCAAGGUAGCAGCGACACCUGGAAUCAAGCAACAGCCCAUCUGGCGGACGCAUUUGAGAGAACAACAGCAGUGGAGAACAGAAUGUCAAAAUCGGUUAGCUCAAUUUCUGUAUUGCAAAUGGAUCCGACGACACCAAGAGUGGAGAGAGCAGAGACGAAUAUAAAUACGCCACCCCUAAACACUACUGUACCACCAACCAAGCCACCAACGGCCAAAGUUGAUGGGAAAAGUGGGGAAUAAAAAUUACC